UACCACUGUAAAUCCAUUCACUUAUUUAUUUACAUCAUUUGCAGACUUUCCCAAUUUGGCUGACACUGGGGGCAGUACAUGAGAAAACCAGAAAUAGAAUACCUCAAAAAAUAAAAAAAAAUAAAAAAUUCCAAAUAAUCAUAACGGUAAUAAUAAAAGAUGGACACCCCCCAAUUAUCCUAGGUUCAAAGGCCAACUGAAACAGGAUGGUUUUAAGGACUUCCCAAAAACAUAAGGAACUUAGGAGCAAAUCCACAAAGGGGGAAUCACCCCUGAGAAGCCCUAUGUCAGAACCUCGCAAUCAUCGAUCAACUGCCUUGCUAGUUCGCUUGCUUUGUUUCUGCCAUUACAGUGAUGGGGAGGAAGGGGGGAGAAAUGGAGAGGUUGACCAUUAGGCGCAGAUGGACUGUUAUAUGGUUCUCAAGAAUGCCCAGGGUCGUACUAGCAUGAGACCUGGAGGGAAUCAUCGACAUGAUCAAGAAGGACUCAAAGACAGAAAGGGGGAGGUGAAAGGGGAAGGAGGUAAAACUGAAUUUUGGCACAUGUGGAACUCAGUUCCAGAAAUCGCUUAGAGCUGUGCACUGCUUUUCCAAUAAAUGAAUUCUUCUUUGAACCUGCAUUGGUUUUGAUGAGAAUUGCUUUCAUUGGGAACUGAGUACCGUGGUUCUUACACCCUACCUCCUAGUCCAAGGCCCCUUUACUUUCCCAUGGAGGCAAGAUGUUUAGCAAGCUGUCUCAUAAUGUUUGGACUCAUACCUGGCCCUAAUGUAUCCUUCCAAAGGCCACACUGUUACAGGAGCCCCUUUCAACAGAACCCAGAAGCCGCCUGGGAGCCAAUGCUGGGUUUCUCUGAUUCCCAGCAUGGCUGCCACCACAUUUUGAACCAGUUGUAGUCUCCAAGUCACCUUCAAAAGCAGCCUCACAUACUGCAAUAGUUCCCUUCUGAGGCAAUCAGCCCACGAAUUACCAUCUCAACGUAAUGUCCUUCAUUAUGACAUUUAUGUCUCUCUCUCUCUCUUCUGGAAAGUGAAAAUGAUUUCCCCUCAUUUUCUUCUCACAACAACUCCAUGGAAUAGGUUGAGCUAGAAAGUAUUGGCUCUGUUCACACAACAUCUUAUGCCAUGCUUUAUUAACUAUGCAUAACUAAAGCACAUUAUAUAUAAUAUAAAGCCAUAGUUUAGAUACUAUGCUAGCUGAGUUUUCAUAACAAGCAACCACAUUUUGGCUUAGCAUAUUGUAUAACUCGGCCAGUGACUGAUACAAAACCUCACAGUGACGGGGUUCAUACAACAUGCUGACAUGGAGCCUAGGUUAACCCAGCAUAGUUGUUGCAUUCACACAAUAUGCCAUGCCAAAACCAAUAAACCAUGUUAGGGCUUAAUAUGGUAGUGUGCUUCCCACAGGAAGUGAAGACAGUGGCUGAGUUUCUACAGCGUGUUGAUCCACAAACUAACCAAUCUUAUGGUAGCCUAGCAUAGUAUUUUGUGUAGCCUACCUGGUAAAUCCCAAGGCAAGUGGAGUCUCGAACCUGGAUCUCUCUCUCUCUCUCACACACACACACACACACUAGUUCUAGCCCAGCUCUGUAAUGAUUAUACCACACUGGCUUUUAUGGACUAAGUGCAUGCUUUCUGGGAAGCCUGAAAGUACGUGAAGCCAUUGGGAGUACAAUUUGUCAGAUGCUUUGAGGUAGUUCCUGCACUGAGCACAGGGUUGGAUUCAAUGACUUCAGUGGCCCCUCCUGACUCUAUAAACGUAGUCCAUCUUCACAGACCCAAAGAAUAUCAGAACAGGUUCAGAAAUUCUGAAACCUUAGCCAGUUAUGUGACAGUAAGGUAAAGAUCUAAGCCUCCAACAUCAGCAGGUUCAUGAGAACAGCUGAGGAAGCAGAGUCCUUGCAUGAGUCUCCUCCCCACCAUGCACAAUCUUUGAGAAACUCUGCACUGACCUUUCACAUGUUCUAACCUCAUCAUCUACAUGGAAUAAUUCCAGAUAUGUGUAACUCACUUCCACUGUGCACCUUAAAAGUUUCAGUUAAAUUGUAUUGUCUGUAUUUUGAAAGUAAAAAAGUAAACAUCUUCAGGUCUCGAUCAAAUUCUCAGGACUUGAUGGUCACCAGCGUGUGGCAGAAAUAGAAUUCACGCUUGAGAAAAGAACGGUGACGAUGUUUUAAACAGCACAGUCGGGGAAAGCGAAGACGGGCUGGUGCAACAGAGGCAGUCAGUCGGCGUCAAGCUGAUGUCUAUUCACUGAAACUAAUGCGAAGUUAGAGCACUUCAAAGGAAAAAAAAGUCAAGGCAACGGAGGCGAACAAGGGAACGCCUCCGUUCCCUCUGGACCUUCCUUGGCGUCCGCCGGCCUUUCUCACGGUGCUGCGCCGCGCCCUCUAGCGUUGGUCCAGACUUCUGCUCACUGACCUGUCCCCAGGAGCGGGAGGAAACCGCAUCGGCAGGUUGCGCGAGGCCAGCGGCGCGAGAAGGUCGCUCUCCCCGUUGUCAUGGAACGGAAGGUGGCCCGGGAAUUCCGGCACAAGGUUGACCUGUUAAUUGAUAAUGAAGCAGAGAAAGAUUAUCUAUACGAUGUGCUGCGGAUGUACCACCAAUCCAUGAAUCUUCCAGUGUUGGUUGGUGAUCUGAAGUAUGUAAUCAAUGAACCAAGUCGACUGCCAUUGUUUGAAGCCAUUUGUCCUCUUAUUCCAUUAAAACAUCAAGUGGAAUAUGAUCAGUUGACACCUAAACGAACAAGGAAACUGAAGGAAGUGAGAUUGGAUCGUCUGCAUCCUGAAGGCCUUGGAAUAAGUGUGCGAGGGGGUGCUGAAUUUGCUUGUGGCCUGUUUAUUUCACAGCUAACAAAAGGAGGACAAGCAGACAAUGUUGGACUUCAGGUUGGAGAUGAGAUCGUCCGAAUAAAUGGUUACUCCAUUUCUUCAUGCACUCAUGAGGAAGUCAUCAAUCUUAUUCGCACAAAGAAAACAGUAUCUAUAAAAGUGCGACAUGUUGGGAUGAUACCUGUCAAAAGUUCCCCAGAUGAGCCUCUCAAGUGGCAAUAUGUAGAUCAGUUUGUAUCAGACCCGGGGGAUGGUCAAAACAGCAUUGCAGGUCUUGCAUCAUCUGGAGGAAACCAUCAUAAAGAAAAGAAAGUUUUCAUUAGCUUAAUUGGUACAAAGGGCAUGGGAUGCAGUAUUUCUAGUGGUCCUACACAAAAACCUGGCAUUUACAUAAGCAAUGUUAAACCAAAUUCUUUAUCUGCAGAAGUAGGGUUGGAGGUUGGUGAUCAGAUUGUUGAAGUAAAUGGUAUGGACUUCUCUAAUGUGGAUCAUAAGGAGGCUGUGAAGGUGUUGAAAAGCAGUCAAACCCUGACAAUCACUGUUGUAACAGGAGCUGGCAAGGAGCUGUUUAUGACUGAGGAAGAGAGGCAAAGGGAAGAAUAUAACCGUGAGAUGGAGCGCCAAGAGUUAAUGCGUCAGAAGUGGCUUGCACUGGAAACCAAUAAAAUCCUGAAAGAACAGCAAGAAAAGGAAAAACUACGGAAAAUGGAGAUUGCCCAGAAGGCUGCUGAGGAAGAAGAACGAUAUCGUAAAGAAAUGGAACAAAUAAAGGCAGAGGAAGAGAAAUUUAAAAAGCAGUGGGAGGAAGAUUGGGGCCCUAAAGAACCACUAAAAGCUGCCAGAUCUGUAGUUGCAGAAGUACAUCCUCCACCUCAUCCUAAACAUCAGUCUUUUGGAUGGUUUUAUCGGUAUGAAGGAAAAUUUCCUACUAUUCGCAAGAAAGGUAAAGAAAUUAAAAAAUCCAAAAGUGACAGUCUCAGUGAACAGAAAAAAAGCAAAAUGCAACUGGAGUUUGAGCUAACACUUCUCAAGGAAAAAGAAGAGAAGUUGGAAAGAGAAAAACAGUUGAAAAUCAGCCGACUGGUACAAGAGGUGUCUGAGACUGAACGAGAAGAUUUAGAAGAAUCAGAAAAGACUCAGCAUUGGGUGGAAAAGCUUUGUCAAACACGUUUAGAACAAAUCUCCUCGGUGGAGAAUGAUUCUCCUGAGGUAAAAUAAGAUUCUCAUCAACCCAGUGUGCAUCCUGCUGUUUCUGCUUCUACUACAUCUGUGCGGAGGUUUGCUGGUGGCUUGCAGCUCCAUACCACUGACCUUGAUGAUAUCAGCUUAGGUGAUACAGGCAAGCUUUCAAAACGCCCAGCGCCUCUACCUCCAUUACUCCAAACAGUGCCUGUAUCCUCAGUGGCUUACCCACUUUCUUCACCAAAUAUUCCAGCUGCUAAGGGAGCCGCACCAAUACCCAAUUCACCUUCAUGGAUUCCAUCAUCCUCUCCAUCUCCUUGGGUGCAUGUCCCACCACCUCCUUUGCCGCCACCAUCUCCUCCACCCAUUCAUCCUUCCAUGCAGACUGUUGGCACUCUCCAUCAUCCAAUCUCCACUCAUUUGGAUGAAAAAAAUGGCUGCCACAGUUUUCAGCCUGGAGGGGCAGAAGAUUCCCUGGAUGACUGGGAAAUGAAAAACUACAAAGAAAGAAAAAUUAAUCCAAUUAACGCUCAAUGCAACAAGCAGACCUACUUUUCCAGUCCAAAGGUAUGAUAUAGUAUAGAAUAUAUAUUUUGUGGCAUUCUCAAUUCUCUGC